AAGGAACAGACAUGGGACUGGAGAAUCAAUCGACGCUCAGACCUCGUUCCGUUCGUUGUGUUGAAAGCUAGUCCGAUUUCAUCAUGCCACCGAAGGCCAGUGGUAAAGCGGUGAAGAAGGCGGGCAAGGCUCAAAAGAAUAUCAGCAAGACCGACAAGAAGAAGAGGAGGAAGAGGAAGGAAAGCUAUGCUAUCUACAUCUAUAAAGUGUUGAAGCAAGUGCAUCCCGAUACUGGUAUUUCGAGCAAAGCCAUGAGUAUCAUGAACAGCUUCGUUAACGAUGUUUUCGAGAGAAUUGCUGCCGAAGCGUCGAGGUUGGCGCAUUACAACAAAAGAUCGACGAUCACGUCCCGUGAGAUACAAACCGCAGUCAGGCUCCUUUUGCCUGGAGAAUUGGCCAAGCACGCAGUCAGUGAGGGAACUAAAGCAGUGACCAAAUAUACUAGUUCCAAGUGAACAUUUCAUACAUACGGAUUGCGUAUAUACAUAAAUCGGCCCUUUUUAGGGCCAACAUAUCUCAAACAUGGGAAUUUCUUUCAUAUCUACGAUAUUUACGUUGCUAACAUGUUAUUUUUAAUUACACAUACAUAUAGUAUUAAAAUAAAUCUUAGAGAUAUGAAAUACAUGAUUAC